AUGGUCAGAUUCAACUUCAGCGUGCCCUUCGGCGCCUUGUUCAAGUACAAGCCCCAGAAGUUCAACUUUGCCCUUGAGCAGGACAUCAGGUCCAAGUUGGACUCGUUGCCAUCCGUUACAAAGAUAUACAGUAACCCAGACGGAACGCCCAGAGUGCCCAGCGAUUCUGAAUUCAAGACCAUUGCUGACUUGCAAAACUUGUACUACCAGAGAAACUACCUGGAGUGGAACUUCCUUCUUCCAGGAAUCCCCAAAGAACAGUUGGAGUUGUUCAAGGACAACUCGCAGGACUUGAAGAACUUCCAGUUCGUCACCAAGGACGCGGGUAAGAUCAUCGACAAGAUCCCAUACAAGGACGAGACCACAGGUGAGCUAAAAUGGAGAAUCGUCCGUGAGACAGAGAAGGCCGAGGGCUGGGAGGUGCCUUACUUCUACAUUGUGUUGCCAGCCUUCAUAUACCUCUUAUACUCCAAGUACACAGCGCAGCAGAAGAAGAGGGAGCAAGACGGUCCCGAGUGGGCUGAGAAGGAGUUGCGCUUGAGAGCCAUGGAGGAGUACUUCCACGGCGACACCGCCAAGGCCAAGGAGUUCUUGUCCAACGAGGGCAAGUCUGAGAGAGAGCUUAGAGACAGAGACGACUUGGUCGUGGCACGCAUCUUGGCUGGCGACUACGAUCGCUUGUCUGAGUUGAAGAAGAAGUUGCCCAAGGACUUGAUUCCAAAGGUAGAGAAGGACGAGAUGGUGACUAUCUAA